AAUUGAUAUAAACACGACAAGGUCCAACAACAAUUAUUAACGUUGUGAACAAGAAGAUGAGCCAUUCCAGGCAUAGCUUUUCAACCGGCCAGUUUACACUGCUCUAUUCUAUCAUCGUAUUAAUUUGCAAAUUCUUCGAAUGCCAAGACAUUUGCACAAAACCUGAAUUGGGGCAUUUUAGAAAACUGAUUUUUGAGAAUGACGCAUAUAAAUAUUCUCAUCACUAUUACUACUCCCAGACAAUUCGGUCUAAUCAGCCACCUCCAGUUAUUAAAGGCAGCUUUGAAACAAUUAUUAAUUUCAAAGAAAUCGCUCCAAGAUUCCCGUUUAAGUUUUACGGUGUUAAAGUCAUCGUAUUCGCAAUAUUCACUUCUGGUACAAUUUAUAUGUUCGAUGAAAAGCACUUGGGAGAAAUUGAUAAUUUUAUGAAAAAACAUUAUUUUAUGUCAUCACAAAUUUCGGAUCAUCAUGAAUUAUUAGCCGUCAGAACGUCUUAUUACGAAAAACUCGAUGAUAAAAUUCCUGCAUUCAAUAUAACUAAUAUGAUACAUCCGAAUGGGAAGAUAUCAGUCUAUUUUGAGAACGUUCCUAAGGUAACUGGCGAAAACAAGAAAACAUCAAAAAUUUUAGGGUUGAUUCGCUGCGGAGCAAAAGAUUGUCCGAAAUACAAUUCGAUUAAAUCAUGUGAAGACGCAACAACAUCAAAUACAACGUGCAUUUUGUGUGAAACAGUCAAUAUGUGCAUUGCCAGCAAUGAUAAGGAUAUUCAUGAAUUCAAAGUAAAUGGUUGCAAGGUUAAAAACAUGACUACCGAGACAACUGAAGACACGGAGGGAAAAAAAAUACUGCAAUACGUGUACAUCGUCGUGCCAUUAGUUAUGUCUUUCCUUAUUGUAUGCAUUGUCUGUGGCCUUUGGCUAUGGUUCUACAGAAGGAAUAGAGUUCAUCCGUAAUCCCCACAAACAUAGUAUCACUUGUUUUCAUCAAGUUGACUUUGUUCUUUUCAUUUUGUAGUUUAGUAAACACACUUUCUAUUUUGUUAAUCAUUUCAAUAAAUUGAAGAUUGUUUCAUGGAACUGCAUAUCACAUUGAUGAUUGUUUACGUAAUGACUGAUGUCACUUUGUUGGUAGAAUAUAAGAAUAUAGUUUUUCGUA